AUGGACCAGCUGUAUGAAGCGAUGCUGAUUCCGUCCUCUGGCGACGAUGAGGACACGCUCGAGGCAGCGCGUUUGGACGUGAGUUCUCACUCCAGCGGCGCUAGCUCAUCGUCCCGCAGGUGCACACACAGUGCAGACGAGACAUCUCCGGUGGCGUCAGAUGCUGAUGGAGAAGCGCCCGGGGGUGACGCGGACGGUUUCGGCAGGGACCUUUAUGCGGCGCAGCAUGGGCAGCGUCAGGGACACGGCAGGCACCAGGAGGUCUUCACCACCUCGAGCUCGCCACAUGCGCUCUGUACGUUUCUCGUGGAACUGCUGCGCGUCGCAGAGGAUCUCCACUCCAGGCUGGAGCGCCUGCUAGCCGAAAAAGUUGCUUCCGUGUCGACCGCCGCACCUUACUCGCAGACGUCUCCCCCCGAAAAUGACAGUCGUGGAUGCCAGGCCAUCAGCGGCAGGGCGCGUGCGAGCCGCCAACGACCUGCCUCGUCAGCGUACAAAGGCAUUGCCAAGCUCCGCAGCCGACUCUGUAAGGAGACGGCUAAUGUGCGACGUGCGGUAGAGGGACUCAGUGCGGCUGGGUGCACACCUAUGCCGACGUCGUUAACCUCACCCGACUCGCUCGUCGUGCCACCUGCCAUCUUCGAGGCGGCGGUGGCGUGUGCGCAAUGUAACUCCUUAUCCCACUAUGACGGUAUUAUCACAUGCCUUGAGCGCGAGCGUGACAUCACCGGGGUCUACGUGCCCGUGAGCGGUUACGUGGGACUGCCGCAGUAUGUACCCUCAGCUUCGGUGAACGGGUCGAAGACGGCGCACAGGCUCUCCUUCAGGGAGGGCAUGCGCUUCGAGGUGGAUGUGGUCUCCAGUAGCGAGCACCGCUGGAUCAAGGUGAAGACGGCCACGGCGCGCAACCUUGAGCUCGAGGCGGAGGCGCUGGACCUGAAUGGUGCCACCCCUUUUACUGACAUGCUUCUCGCCCUCCUCGAGCGCGCCAAACGGACCUGCCUGCCGCACCGACGUGCCGUUCAGGUGGCCGUCGUGCUGCUUCACCCGCCACCGCCUGCGCUGGAGAAGUUCUUUGCGGCGCACGGUAUUGUCUGGGCAUCGCUUUCAGCAGACCGCUCCGUGCAGGUGCCACGACGACGAAUUCGAGCACAUGGGCCGCAGGUAGCACCCACUCGGCCUGCCACCACCUGGCUUCCACCGCUGGCGCCGUCUCCUGCUGUUAUUUGCCUCGACACGACCGCGCUGGUCACGCUUUGCUCCCAGAGCUGCUACGAGGAUGGCCUACCCCACAGUCUGCGGAUGGAGCGGCUGGCACCGUUUCGCGUAUUGCGAGAGCAACAGCGCAAGGAAGUCGUCGAAUGCCGUGCCGUUGUGGAGGUGUUGGAGCCGGCGCUGCGUUCUCUCACCGCCUGGUACACCAGAGAUGCACUGGAGAUGAUGAUGCGGCAGGCCCUUCUGCUACAGUGUGACAACGCGGCGGUCGAUGCGGCGCCAUCUGCAGCCUUCAAGCAGCCAGGUCAGGCCAUCCCCGCAGCGCUCAUCGUGCCAACCGAGCUCGACUGGCUUGGGCCUCUGGAGGCAGCGGCACGAGAGCGCUGCGCCGAUUCCGCGGACGAGAACGCGCACGAAGGCACCGUCACAGCCACUACAACCGCCGCGGCACCGUCUGCAACCGUGCCUCUUGACGAGUCAAGUCUUCUGGUCGAGUAUAGUGGCCUCGCUGAGAGAGCUGCUACGUCGGCCUUGCCCUCACUGCAUCAGAAGCCCAACUGGGUCAUGGCGGAUAUCACGUACGAGGAGUUCAAGUGGAUCCUCGAGACGAUCGCGGGACCGCGGGAAGUCGCGCGUGCUGCACGUCUGCUGCGUCUUGUGAGUGUGGUGGACACCACGUUUCUGCGGCACCACAUGUGCAGCGGAGGCGGUUACGAAGGCGGCCAUGGCGCGCCAAGUGUUACCGGACGUGACACAGCAGCACCGCCCGCUUGUCCUUGGCCGCCCACGCCGCCCAUCUUCACUUCGGUGGAGUAUCUCCGACUCAGCGGCAAGGUGUCCCUACGCAACAAGAUUGUCUUUGGCCUCGCCGAUGCUGUCAACGCCGUCAUUGUUACCGCCAAUGAGCAGGUGUCCCACGCCGCGCGUGAGCAGGGCGUGCACGUUGAGGCUUGCUUUCACCCGUCCCGCUCCCUUACGGAGCAGAAGGUGUACCGACUGCGGCGGCGUGACGGCCCUAGGAAACCCCCAGGCGUCACCCUCUAG